AUGUCAGAUAGGAUCAAAGUAGUUGUGAGAGUUAAGAAACCUCAGGGGAAUCUACCCAUUGUGUGCAAAGUUCAUGGAGAUACCAUAUCAUUGAUCAAUGAUGAUAAGAAGGCGUUUAGAUUAUCGUCACCUCAGAAGAACGCCGCCAAAGAGUUUAGAUACGAUCAUUGUUUUGGCUCUACAGAUUCUGUGGAUAGAGAUCAAUCAAUAAUAUAUGAGAGCUUAGUCCGUGGUUAUGUUUUACACACUUUGGAAGGUUAUAACAGUUGUAUAUUGGCAUAUGGUCAAACCGGAUCUGGUAAAACUUUUACCAUGAUGGGGGAAAAGGGUAAUGAAGGUAUUGUUCCCAGAUUUUGUCGUGAAUUGUUUGAAGUAUUCCACAUGUGUCAUCAAGAUGAUCAAGAGUCUGAUAUAAUCACCGAUUUCCAAGUCAAAUGUUCAUUCUUUGAGAUCUAUAACGAACAAGUGAUAGAUUUACUAUCAUCUUUGAGCCAAAGGAAAUGUAAGAUACGAGAAAGACAUGAUCACAGUACUUUUGUAGAAGGUUUGGAAGAAAUUGCAGUUCAUAAUGUGGAGGAACUCAUUUCUUGUAUCCAUAAAGGUAACGAGAACCGAACUGUAAGAUCUACGAACAUGAACCAGGAAUCAAGCAGAUCUCAUGCUAUCUUUCACAUUAGUGUUAAUCAAAAGGAGACUCAUAAGAAAACGGGAACUGUCGUAGAAUGUCAUUCCACCUGCAAAUUGGUUGAUUUAGCAGGAAGUGAAAGAUUAGGUAGUGCGGCCGCCGAUGGUAAAAUAAGACAAGAGGGAACGAGUAUUAACAAAUCAUUGAGCAUAUUGGGUAGAGUAAUUUCCCUAUUGGCGGAAGGUGAUAGACAGAGAAGUCAAAUGAUACCCUACAGGGAAUCUGCACUCACUUGGAUUCUGAAAGAAAAUUUGGGCGGUAACAGUAAUACAUGCUUAGUUGCAUGUGUGUCACCAGAAAACUACUACGAAUCAUUAUCUACAUUAAGGUAUGCUUCUUUGACCAAGAAAGUAAAAACAAAUGCAACCAUUAAUUCAAUGUCACAUAUUGAACAGAUGGAAGAAUUGAAGGCGAAGUUACGUGAAUUGCAAAAGAUGAUUAAUGAUAAGAAACCUACAAGUGCUCAUCAACAUACUUUGGAAAGACGCAUGGAAGAUAUUCAAAGGGCUAAUUUUUUCCUUGAACAAAGAAUGGCCAAAGAAUCUCAAUUAGCUGAUCAAUCGUUACAAACCGCUAGAUACGAACGAGAUUUACUGGCUUCAAUGGUUUUACAAAUGAUUGAAUCAUUCAAUUGGAAUCAACCUUUAAAUGAUCAAGCUGCUGAACUAUGGGAACGCUCACAGAAAUUACAAAAUUCAUUCCAAAAAGAUAGAUCGUUCUUUGAUGUUACAUUACAAAAGUAUUUUACUUAA